AUGCACCCUGGAUUCGGCCAGCACGUGGUGAGCAGUCCGUCGUCAUACAUCGCCUACGAGAUGGAGUAUGGCCAAGAGCCGUACACAAACCAGACGUACCCUCUGCGAUCCCAAUCGACAAGCUACAAGCUCGCCUCGAACGAGGACAACAAAGAUUUGGACUGGCCCGAGGGCGUCAACAUUGACCCCUUGAUAGCUGCGAUAUAUCGCAACGCAACGAAGAGCCCGCUUUGCGGGCUCCCUGACCACAUCUUGGUCAAUAUCAUGCAGCAAACUGAUCUGACCACCGCCUGCCAACUCCGCCGCGCCUCGCGAACAUUCAUGAGGAUCUUCUCUUCGAGGCUCUUCUCCAAAUGGCAUAAGAACGGCGACGGGUACGGCUUUUAA